GUUCUUGUAAUAGCCUACAUGUGUAAUCCAGUCACUAAGGAGCGAUUAUGACGUCAGCGGCAAGCGGCGUACUGGCCCUUUAAAUGGAUUGCACAUGUUCUUCCGCAAACAUCCGGUUUUCUGAAAGUGGAAGUUACAUGUUUUACGAAACGAGAUCUUGCCCGUAUUUUGACGCAUGUUGUGUUGCGUGAGACCGUGUGAAUCUGCGCCAGGACCCUAAGCUGCUGGACUGUCAGCAGAUGGAGGUCUGCAGCCUGGUUUCCUGCAGAGAGGACAUCUCAUCGCUGCUGGCCGAGGAAACGCCGAGUCCCAAGUAUAAAGACUUAGGUCGCCAAUUUUCAGCUGUGAGGAGGGUUCGCGGUGAUGGAAACUGCUUCUAUAGAGCAGUCUGCUUCGCACAUCUGGAAUCUGUCCUGCACAGUCCCAGAGCCCUGCAGAGAUUUAAGGACCAGAUCAUACAAAGUAGAGGAGUUUUGGUUUCUGCAGGAUUCGAUGAGACUUCAUUCAGCCAACACAUGAAUAGAGUUUUCCAUGUGGUGGAUCAGUGCAUGGCUGCAGAGCAUGAAGACGUCCUCCUCAGGCUCUUUAACGAGCAGCUCAUCUCAGACAGCGUGGUGCAGUUCCUCAGGCUCCUCACAUCUGCGCACCUUCAAACCCACGCAGAAUUCUUCUGCAACUUUGUGGAGGCACCGGAUCUAAAGGUGUACUGUCGUCAGGAAGUGGAGGUGAUGGCUAUGGAGUGCGACCACGUGGACAUCUUGGCAGUGUCCCAGGCUCUGGACAUCGGGAUCCACAUUGUGUCUAUGGAGGGGGAUGAACGGCAGCUGGUCCACCACAUCAUCCCAGAGGGAGCGGAUCCCUCCGUGCAUCUUCUCUACCAGAUGUCGCAUUACAACAUUCUCUACAGACAAACUCAAUCCGGACAAGCUCAGGAAAUAACAGCACCUUUAAACUAAAUAAAAACACAUACGAGGCUUUUA